GUGCCGGGUGUAAGGGAGAAGUUCACCGGAAGACAGGAGAGAGAGAUGGGAAGAGAAAGAACAGGGGUACAGGGAAGGUGAAUGUGUCAGAGGAGAGCCCGCAGGACUCAGAGGAAAUGAGGGAGAGGGGCAGACAGUGCUGUGGGUGGAACAGGCAGACAGUGCAUAUCUGGAGGAGGGUCUGAGAGGGAGGAGUGGGACAGGGAAUCACACAGGUCUCGCACUGCGCCGGGAGGUGACACGGAUCUACAUUAGGAAGAGAUCAGCACCGAGGAGAGAGCGCUCCCACUCACACCCCCAUGCAAUUACAGGGAUUUCACUGGGGUCAGGUGUAAAGUAGACCACAAGGAGGAUCCAGCGGCCAGGGCAGGGAUCUAUGGGCACCACCGGCUCCAGGGAACCAGGACACCAAUAAGACUUCAGACUGGGGACGGGAGUAAAUCUGGGUGCAAAGGUUCAGUACUCGGACACAGCGGAGCUUACCCCUAUCUCCUGAUCAGCACCAGGGACAGAACCACCUGGACCCCACUCACAGGAUCAGCAUCGGAGGCGGCGAGGAUGGGUUCGGCUCAAGUCAUUCUCUUCUUAGGACUAUGCCUUUCGUGCUCAGGGUUUAACGUGGACACCCAGCUCCCGGUGAUAAAGCAAGCAGGGGUCGCGGGUGGGAUGUUCGGUUUCUCAGUGACAAUGCACCAGCAGAGUGAGGGGGAGCAGCGCUACCUGCUGCUUUCAGGAGCUCCACAAGAUGCAGCGCCCCCUGGUGUAAAAGCUAACAGAACAGGUGCUCUCUAUGCCUGUCCCAUCACCACCUUAACAUCAGACUGUUUCAGAGUGUCCAUCAAUCAGGAAAGCCAGCCUGGUAAAAACAUAAUUGAGGAUAUGUGGCUGGGAGUCACAGUGGAGUCACAGGGUCCUGACGGUCGCGUUCUGGUCUGUGCUCACAGGUAUACAGCAGUGCAGUGGUCUGGUAGCGAGGACCAGCGCAGAAUGAUUGGCAAGUGCUAUGUACGAGGAAAUGACUUGGAAUUCAAUGACGCAGAUGACUGGCAGACAUACCACAAUGAGCUGUGCAACUCCAACACUGACCAUGAGCGUACUGGAAUGUGCCAGCUGGGCAUUAGCGGGGGCUUCACCAAAAACAUGCUGUAUUUUGGGGCUCCAGGGGCAUAUAACUGGCAAGGUACAGACUUUAUUCUGCAAAGAGAUAACUGGGACUUGAAGGAGGUCUCCUACCCAAGUGAAAAACUACUUAACAUCUACAUGGGGUACUCUGUCCAGCUUGGCAAAGGUGUGCUGCUACAGAAUGAUGUGACCAUUGUCUCUGGGGCUCCUCGCUGGAAUCAUAAGGGUGCUGUAUACCUGAUGGAAGUGGUGGCAGAUUCCAUGAAACUCAAACAGGUCCUGAGUGGGGAGCAGGUGGGCUCUUACUUUGGCAAUGUCGUUGCUCUGGCUGAUUUUAAUAAUGAUGGAUGGCAGGAGAUUGCAGUUGGUGCCCCUUUUUACUUUAACCGGAAGGAGGAGCUGGGGGGAGCAGUCUACAUUUAUACAAAUGAAGUUGGAAGUUUUACUGAUAAGCCAUCUGUAGUGUUAUAUGGUCCUACUGCAUCUGGUUUUGGUUUUGCAUUGGCAAACAUUGGUGAUAUAAACCAGGAUGGAUUCACUGAUUUGGUGGUGGGAGCUCCUUUUGAAGAUAUGGGUAAAGUUUAUAUCUACCACAGCAAGUCUAGUGGCCUGCAGUCCAAGCCUAGCCAGAUAAUUGAUGGCUCCCAGAUUGGGUUCUCAACUUUCGGUUACUCACUGGGUGGCGGCCUUGACAUUGAUCAAAAUUCCUACCCAGAUCUACUUGUGGGCAGUUUGGCAGAUCGCAUUGCUCUGCUCAGAUCUCGCCCUGUUAUUAAUAUCUCAAAGGAGUUUGCUGUAACCCCAACUAUUGUGGAUCCCAGUAAAUGUUCUUCUACCUCCUGUAUGGAUGUUCGUCUCUGCUUCUCAUACAUGCUGAGUACUGGAAAUGCCAACUACAAGAAUAAUAUCACACUGCAGUACACUGUGGAUGCUGACUUUGACAGACGGCCCUCCCGAGUGCGAUUUCUGGGGGCUCCUUCAGGUGUAUACAAGGGCUACUUCUCAAUGCCAGAGACCAAAUGCCAGAACCAUCAGCUGUUUUUACUGGAUAAUAUCCGAGAUAAACUGCGACCCAUCCACAUUUCUCUGAAAUACUCUGUUCUGGAGCAAGCUGAGAAAGGAGAGAAUAUUCUUGUCUCUCUGGACAACUUCCCCGUCCUGAACCAAGACCAGAGCCAAGAGCAAAUACUGGAGAUUCACUUCCAGAAGGAGUGUGGCACGGAUAAUGUGUGUAGGAGCAACUUACAGAUGCAGUAUGAGUACUUGUGGGAAGAUAUGGAGCCGCUUCCAAGCACAAAUGGGACGCAGAUCCUUCAUUAUGACUCCAAUGUGAAGUAUUUUCUGUUACGUGUAACUGUAACGAAUGCUCCUAGCGUGGUCUCUGCAGCAGAUGAUGCCCAUGAGGCGUUCUUGAAUAUAACUGUUCCGGAUGAACUUCUCUACAGGCGAUUUACAUUUCAGAGUGGAUCAUGUACAUUUGAAGGAACUAUCCUGUGUGAGCUUGGAAACCCCUUUAAAAGGAACCAGAAGGCUGUUAUUGAUAUCACGUUUGAAGCAUCUGGGAUUGCCUUGAAGACCAGAGAAGUGAUGAUUGGACUGGAGCUAUCCACAUUGAGCAAACAAACAGACCUUCACAAGCAAUAUGCUGAAUUAUUGGUAGAUUAUACCCUACAGACUUCAUUAUCUGUGUCGCCUGUCAAUCUACAGACCUACUUCAGUGGCCAAGUGAUUGGAGAAUCCGCCAUGGUGACAGAAGAUGAUGUGGGAAGCCCUGUGACAUUUACUUUUCUGGUGGGACUUUAUGGUCAGCCUCUGAACUCUUUGGGAUCUCUAAUCUUAGCUGUGGAAUGGCCGUACGAAGUUGCCAAUGGAAAAUGGCUGCUAUAUCCUACAGAAGUGCUGGUGAAUACAGGAAAUGUAACACGGUGUCAGCCUCCUGGGAAUGUAAUUGACCCUUUAAACCUCACAAUGUCCAAUAGAAGAAGAAGGAGAGAAGUUGGGGAACUGGCAGAUGUUCAGACUUUACCAGCAGUUAAAAGAGAAAGACCCAAUACCUCACUGAAAUGUGGAGGAGGAGGUGCAAACUGUGUGCGCUUCCAGUGCCCUCUAGAUGACAUGAAGUUGUCAGCCACUGUCACUGUGCAUGGAAGAGUAUGGAACAGCACAUUCCUGGAGGAUUACAGACACAUUGACAGAGUGUGGGUGGAAGGAUCAGCAGAGCUUUAUCUGAAAACUGAUAUUCACUCCAUAAACAUGCAAAGUCACCAUGUCACAUUUUCAGUCUCUAUAGACUCCGAGUUGGUGGAGCUUCCUCCGGCUGAACUCCCUCUUUGGGUGAUCAUUGUUUCUGUAGGAUCUGGAGUCCUGCUUUUGGGUAUAAUCAUUCUCUUCCUGUGGAAGGUUGGAUUUUUCCAUCGUGUAAAACAUUACAGUCUGGGACAGACUCACUAUGCUGUCUGCGUUCGACAACAAGAAAGACAGAAGCUAUGCAGCAGGCUACCCAAUAGCCCAAGGCACUGGGUCACCACCUGGAAAGAAACGGCUAGAUACUACUGAGUACAAAUAAGCACCAGGAGCUGGACUAUAUCUCCUUCUGUGAUAUUGGUCACUCAAUAAAACUGAAACUUGGGGAAAGGGGGAGGGGAGGGUAAGUAUAAUAUUAUUAUGACAUGUUGGAAUAGAUAACAUUAUUCUGACAUGCUGGAAUAGACCAAAUUAUCUUGUGACACUGGAAAAGGGCUGCUCAGUUUACUCUUGUCACACUUGAACGGGAAAGGCAUAUAUAAAUUGUACAGCACCACUGGGCUGGGAGGCGGGAGAUUAUCAUGUGACACUGGAAUAAAGGGGUAGAUUAUCAUGUGACACUGGAAUGAAAGGAUAUAUUAUGAAAUGGGGAGGGUCAGAUUCUUUUGUUGCAAUGGAAUGGGGAGGGAUAAAUUAUCCUGUGAAAUAUAGGUGAUGUUUCUUACACUAAUUGGGGUAUAAAAUAUUUUGACUAAAAAAAUGAAUUUCACAACCUGGAAUAAGAUAUUACUGUGUUACACUGAGGAACCAUCACCUUUGGACAAUGGAAAAUAAACCACUUCGGAGGAGUUAUAUUUUCCUGUCUAUCAGGGAGAGAACUAAUUUUUCUUUAGCACUGGAGGACAUAUUUCCAUGUAACACUGGAGAAAAAUGAAGAAGAUAAACUUUAUUAUGACACUGGAUGAACUGGUUUUCCUACUGACAUAUACUUGCGUGUCAAUUCACAUAUAUUGCACAUACUAUACCAUUCACCGUAAAUUAAUAAACAUAUUUUAAAAUAUACCAUAUUUAUAAUGUAUAAAUAUGAUAAAAUGUAUGUACCAUAUUUACGUCACACCAUUUUAAUAAAAAAUAAGUCAUUGCUCAACUCAAAUAGAAAAACACGAACAUACUCCUAACCCAACAGUCUAGUAUAUAUGGUAUAUAGGAUACACUCCCACUCUGCCCAAUAUGUUCAUUUUGCCCAAAAGUGUUUGAAAGAAAAUUCAAUCAUGUAAUAAAAACUGUAUGUGUAAACUUU